CCUGUUUUAGUUUUGCUUGGAAUUAUUCAUACUUUUAUUGGAAAUGACGUUUGCGCACUUUUUCCCAAUUUCCAAUAAGAUUUUGGAAAUAUUUUUUCCAUAUUGAUUAGUUAUGUCGCUUUUAUUGUUUACUCAAAGUUUUUUUUGUUAAAUUUUGUGUAAAAUUUUUUUGGAAAAAUCCUCUUUACUAUUUAAAAAAAACUUCGAAAACAAAGUGUUUUUUGGAUUUUGUUAAGUGUUAAUGAAAAGUUUUUGUGUGAAACGCAAAAAAAGCGCGAAUAAUAAAGUGUGAAAAUUUCUGUGUGUGGAGGGCAAACGAAAAAAAGUUGGCAAAAAACAAAACGACAAAAAAAGAAAUAAACUGCUAAAAAGCUGCGAUUGAUACAACAUCGCAAAUCCACCACUACAGAUGUCCACAGGAGUGGGAGGUGGAGGGAGCAUAACGACAGAUCAUCAUAGCCGCCUGUAUUUCCUCAACUCACCCACGGCCCCACUGUCCGCACGCGACCCCUUCUUAAUCAAACCGGAAUACCUCAAUUAUGAUAAUCCCAUGCAUCACCUCUACCCAAGUAAUCGGGGACUCAUAGACUAUAACAAUUAUACGGUAACAGCAGCGGCCGCAGCAGUAACAGCAGCAGCCGCCUCCUCCGCCUCAGCAGCAGCCGCCGCCAAUAAUACUUCUGCCUCUUCAGCCGCCUCCACGUCCAACAACAAUAACGCCAACACCAACGCUGCCGUCGUUGCCGCCAAUUCAACGGUUGUUGCCGCAGUUGCUCUAAAUUUAGAAAACACUUUCCACCACCAGGUCCAGCACCAGCAGCAACAACAACAACAGUCAGCCAACAACAAUCCGAACACAACAAACGCCCAUCCGUUGCAUCAGUCGCUCAGCAGCACCUCCUCGCAGUCUACACGCGCCCAGAAAGCCGCCCGACGUCGUAGUAACGAAUCACCCGAGGCCCGCCAACGAAGACUGGAACGGAACGCUGCAAGAAUGCGCGAGAAACGCGCCAAAGAGUCCGAAGCUGAGUAUCGUUUGCGGCUGGCGAAAAAUGCCGAAGCGAAUCGUAUACGACGUCAGAAUGAAAACGAAGUACAAAGAACCUUAAGACUGAUGAAAAAUGCGGCACGCCAGCGAUUGCGACGUGCCAGUGAAACUCCCGAAGAACGUAAAAAACGUUUGGCCAAGGCAGCUGAGCGUAUGCGUAUAGCGCGUGCCAAACAACCCAAAAUACCUAAGCCACCGUUAGCGGAUCGUCUUAAGGGCUAUUAAAAGCGAAAAAGAAAACAAAAAAGACAACUAUCAUCAACAAGCUUAUCACGUUAUCGUUGUUGUCGUCUAACCAUUGGUAAGACUACUUCCCGAUAAUGUUGAUGAUGACCUGCAUGUGUAUGUAAGUUUGUGUCUGUUUACAAAGGUGGCUAAAGGUGCGUAAGCUUUCAAUUUUUUUCUACAAACUAUUUAAAAAAAAAAAAAAAAAACUAAAAAUUAAACAAAAAAAGUAAAUAAAACUUUAUAAAAAAGGUAGACCCGACGAAGGCAGCAUAUAAAAUACACACACACAACACACAAACCUACACCUACUACUCUACACCCCCUCUCUCUCUCUCAACAAACAACAAAAUAAAAAAAUUUUGAAUUAGAAAUAAAAAUAUUAAAAAAAAAGAAUAAAACACCAACAGCACAUUAGUAAUUAAAUAAACAAUUUAAGGAAAAAUAAGCACCAGAUUGGAAAAAAAGCAGGAGAGGAUCUAUUUUUUUACAACUUUAACAAUUUUUGAUAUGGAUCUUAUAAGGAGUAAGAGAAGAUUAUUAUUUCUACAAUAGCCUAAUGUUUGGCAGACAAAAUAAAACUAUUUUAAAGGUUUUUGUUUAAGAAAAAUCGGAAAUGGAAAAUAUACAACUAAAAAGGCGGUUUCAGACCCCUUUUCUUUUGUAUUGCAGAUCUUAUAAAUAUCUUUUAUUUUGUUUGUUUAAUAACUAGUGGUUUUCUUUAAUAAUAAUAAUCGUAUUAUGUAACUUUUUUAAAACAUUUAUUUUAACUUUUAUUUUUUUAAACAGGAUUAAAUCCUAAUUUAUUUUUUAUUCUAUUUUUCUAUAUAUGUGCGUUUGUGUUUAUUUUAAACAUUUUUCAAUUUGAAAAUAUUUAAAAUAUCUUACACUAACGUUACAUUUUAUUUAGUUUUAUACUUUUUAAUAUUUAAUAUUAUAAAAAACAUUAUGUUUUAAUUUAAAAAAAAAAAAUUCUUUAUAUUUUUAAUGUAUACUAUUCUUACUAGUUUGUGAUUUAUUUAAAAAAAUUUAAUUUAAUUUUGUUUAACAAAACCCCCCCCCCCCUAAACAAUUCAACAUAUAAAACAACAUAUAAUUUCUUGAUCCUUUACCUUUUUAACCAUUUAAUAAAAAAA